ACAGACUCUGAGCUAAGAGGCAGCAGCCUGGUUCAACUCUCUUGUUUGUGGCUUCUCUCUCUCUUCUUACAGGACUGGGGGAUCUCCCAUGGAGUGGAGCCCCUGAAACCGAGAGGUGGUUACGAAUUCCAGCUGCACAACAGUUGAAUUCCUGCAAAGAGAAUGGAUAUAAGGAUAAGAGAUACAGAGAAUAUUGCUGAUGAGUUUUCAGCUAAAAAGAAGUCAAAGUUCAAAUCUUUAAAAAAGUUUUUCGGAAGAAAGAAGACGAAGGAGACUUUGGCUUCCACCGGAAAGUUUCGUUUGAAGCAAAGCCAGUCCACCAGCGAUGUUACAUAUCCAGAAUUUGCAGAUGUUGAUUCCGAGAAUGAAAUUGGGUCGUCUGCAGGCAUCCUGGGAAGCAGAGCUGUGUCACACGAUAGUAUUUUUAUUCCAGAACUAGCACAAGAAACUGCCAAACCAGUGCGUGUAUUCUCACAGGAGAGUGUGUCAGAUCGCAUUAAAGCCCUACAGUUAAAACUUCAAGCUAACUUAAAACCUGGCCUGUCCCCAUUCGGAAUCCUUGGCAAGAGAACAGAUGAUGCCGGAACCAGUUCAGAAGAUGAUGGUUUACCUCGGAGUCCUCCAGAAUUGUCACUUUAUAUGCAUGAAGUUACGAAACCAAAGUUUUCUGAUUAUCAUCAUAGCACUUUCAGUUUAGUUGGAACAGGAAGUGAAGAAGAUGAGCAGAUAUCUUCAGGCCAUUCAUCCAGACCAUUAUCUCCUGAAGAAAAGCCAUCAUCAAAUAUCAGGGUACCAUCCGCUGGUAGAAGAGCCAACAGUUCCAUCUCACAGUCACCUGACUUUGACUCACCUCCUCAGCUUUAUAUCUUCUUGGAUAGUUCAGCUGCAAAGCACAGGCUUUCAGUGAGGCCACCAAACCAAAGAUCAUGCACAACGCGGAGGCCUUCUGCGUCUGUCCUAGAUGAAUCUGUUAUUACUACAACUUUCACGGAAGUAGAAGAUGAAAAUGUCAUGGAGGAAGCAUUCACAAAAUCUACAAGUGACAACCAAGAAAUGGUCAUAGACAAAAAUGCAUUAUUGGACACUUCACAGAGUAUACAAGAAAAUGAGGUGGGCCCUGGUAACAUAACAGAAAUCCAGUCGCAGCUUAUACAGGAAGAAGCUGUUGUCUCUUCAAGUGUCCUAGAAUUAAUUAGUGUAGUAACGUCACAAUUUCAGGAUGCCACGAGUUCUCCAGAUAUAAAACUGCAAAACAAAUUAUUGGAAGAUUCGCAGGAUAAUAAAAAUGCAUGUAGUUUAAGUAUUUUAGAAGGGAACUUAUAUGAUGAGGUUCAAGUUAAAACAAAUAUCUCUAAAGAGGAAGGCCUUGCUCAAUCUCUUAGAUCAGAAAAGAGUAUACUAAAAGAUCAUAGAAAAUAUGCACAGGAAAAGGUUAAUGCUGAGUCUGAUGUCAGCUCACCACCUUCAAACAUUUAUCAGACUGUACAUUUACCUGACGAAAGUGCUCCUGAACCAUUACCCACUGAAGACCUUCAACUUUCUUGCAGGAACACUGCAGAGCAAUCUUUAGCUGAUAAAGAAAAUAUUAAACAUUUGGAAAAGGCUGCUGGGGAACUUUGUACACAAAGAAAGUUUUUUGUAUCCUCAGCCUGGGAAAGGCCUCGGACUGGCAGCUUUACACUAAAAGGAAAUAUUGAAAACGAGACUUUUAAAAACAUGAAAUUCUCUCUUACUAACUCAGGUUUGUCUGUACAUGAAAGAAUGAAAGAGGAGCCAAUAUUUUCUGCAACACGCAUUGAAAGCAGGGCCAGUGGCAGGAAAAAGGAGACAUUCCCUGACUCAGAAAAUACUUCAGUGGACAAAGUCAUUCUUCGUCACAUUCCGUUGCCUCAGAGCUCUGUGCCAGCUUCCAGGGAUUUGCCAAUGGUUACAGACCUACAGACAUGUUCUGAGAGUAAAAACCCCUUUUUUGUGAAGCUGAGAUCCACCUCCUUUUCCUUUAGAUACAGGGAGGGCAUAAACUCUGACUCUGUCAGACUGAAAAGGCACAGUGCUGAGAUUAAUCUGGAAAACACAGGCUGUUCCUUGUUUUCCAAGGAUGAGUUACUAGAAGUCAGCAAAACAACAAAACAUUUUCCCAGUUUUAGAAAUGAAAAACAGAAAAAUCAAACAAACUCUUGUGAACUGACACAGUCAAAACCACCACUGCCUAAAAAGCCAGUUUUGCAGAAUAAUAUAGGAACCGACAAUGCCACAAAAAAAGAGGCUUCCACGUGUGUCUCAGAUCUGGAGAAGAAAGACCACAAGUUGGAAAAAACACCCCCUGAUAGAAGAUCAAGUUUACACAAGACUGGAAAAAAUAGUCCUUCCCCCAUAGCUGCACCUGAAUCAAUCAAUGGAAUGGAAAGUAAAUUUCAGACAUCUUGGAAAUCCACAGCCAGGCAGAAACCUAGAGCACUGAAGGAAGAGCCAUUCCCAGCAAAAUUAAAAUCUGCAAACCAGGAUGAUGGUAACCAAACCAGGGAGAAAGUAGAGGCAAAUUUAAAACAGUCUGUUGAACUGAUUCAGAAUAAACCAGCAAAUGCAGUAGCUGAAUUUCAUGGGCAAUUAAAAGAGCCAAAGCGAAGCACACCGUCUGUUCCGUUACAUGCCUUGCAGUUGUCUUCACAUGUAGAAAAAGAAGGUACAACUACACAAAGACAAGUUACCCUGUCUGCAGAGCCAUCCUGGAUGGAACUCGCGAAGAAGAAAUCUCAGGCGUGGAGUGACAUGCCUCAGAAAAUAAAAUGAUAGAAUUUUAUUGAACUAUUAUAGAAUUCUUUGAAAAAAGUAAAAAGUUAUUUGCAGUACAAUCCUUGUUAAAUGAUAAAAAUAAAGUCCCAAGAUAACAGUAAUAAAUCAGGGAUCUCCAGGGCUGGAUUUACAUAGCGAGCACCCCUAGGCCCACUGCCGUUCAUCGCCUCUGUUCACUCCCCUUUAUUCCUGCAAAUUUUCCAUCAUUGGGACCGGGCAAUGGGGAUUGGCGCAUGGGAAAUUUAAAAAACUAUCGUAUCUCCUGUGCAUACCCAGUAUUUCUGAACCAAUG